AUGCGAUUCCUGGCAUCGAGGAUAGAGGCAAUUGCACAGACAACAACAGCACCCAGUGGACCGCUUGCGUUGGGCUCAAUACCAGCCGCUGGAGCGAAAAUUAGCAGUAGCGCAGAGCGCCGGGGCAAAACACACCUUAGCGAUUUCAGUUAUCGCUCCAUGUUUUCGCCACCUGUGCUGAGAAAUGGCAGCCGAAAUACUUCACUUAUCCGUGACAGCCCUGCUGAUCGAUCAAUUUCUAACAUUAAUUCAACUGGUUCCCAUGAUGCUUCCAGUUUUUUGGGGCUGAAUAACGGUCAGACGUCCGGAAAAUUAUCGCAUGUCAAACGACUGGACCUCAGUCUUCUUCAUCGAUCGGUGAGACGUGAUAGUACGCCGAGCAGUCGAGGAACGAGUGUUACAUUCCACAUGCCAAGUGGUGAAAUGCAGCCUCUUCAAAGUAGCACACCGGCAAAGGAAGCGCAACUCACUCCUCGCUCAAUAUUACGAAAACGUAUCGAAAUAUCUCCUCCAUCUUCGAUUGCAUCCGACGAAAGGGACUAUGAUAGUUCAGUGAAUUUACGAACAACUACAAGUGAGACAAACAGUCAAAUAUAUGAUCGUACCAAUGGUAACGCAGACCAGGAGGAGGAAGUAAUGCCUUAUGAUAGCCAUCCGGCUGCAAUUAUUUUGACAAGGCCUGAUUAUGAAUGCGAGCCAUCACUUAUUGAACUCGCCGAAAUGGCUAAACAAAACAAUGGCAUUUGCCAUAUUGAAAACGGAUUUACAAUACGCCGACUGGCCUUUGGGAGUGUCUUUUGGCCAGGCCCAUUUGAUUUGAACAACAUUGAUUUGGAUAAGGUGGUUCAUUUCCGUCAGCAUGAAGUCAUCGUGUACCCUGAUGAUAAUACAAAGCCACCAGUUGGAGAGCAGCUAAAUCGAUUUGCUGAAAUAAGCCUGGACAGGGUUUGGCCUCUCGACAAAAAAACAAAGGAAUUUAUCACAGACCCUUUGCGACUCGAGGAACUGGGAUAUCGUGCAAAACUCGAGCGUGCAUCACUCAAGAUGGGGGCGAAAUUCAAGGAUUAUCGGCCAAUGACAGGAACCUGGGUGUUCACUGUGCCACAUUUCACAAAAUACGGCUUACCGGAUGAGGAUGAUGAUUUUUUGGACGAAACAGAGUUAAAGGCAGCGUUGAGCGAUAGUAAAAUCCAGGAUGCAGUACAACGCGCCAGGGUACCGAAGUUGAAAAUUGCUCAGGAAGGAGGCGACGGCGCUGAUGCGGCCGUUGCUCCCACUGAUGGUAGCUUCGUGGCAGACGAGUUUAAGGCGCGUAUUAAUAUGCUCUCAAACUUGCACAGUUAUCACACUUUUUUUCUAAACUGA